AUGUCCAAGGUAAACAUGUCCCCGCGGGUGGUGCUGACGUUGCUGGACUUGACGAAGUCCUCAUCGGUUAGGAGCACGCCGGAAAGGGCUCCUACGCCAGCCCCGAGGAUGUCUCAGGAGAUUCCGGGAGAACCGGAAACGGCAGCGCGUAAGCGUACAGCGCCUACGCCGUCACCGAGGAGAACGGUCACCCCGGAGAUGCCGGCCCCAGCCGCAUCGCCGUCGGAGGCAGAAGCCGGCAGUUCCAACCCGUGGCCGCUCGUGAACGCGUCACAUGAACAGGCGAUCAUGUAUGAGCGUUUGGUGGAGCAGCUUGAAGAGCUUAACCGGCGGUUAGAGCGUACCGAGAGGGAGAACGCGAGGCUCCGGGCUGAGCUCAACUUAUACCGGACCGGUAUUAACACGGUGGUGAGGCUGGAGGAUUCAGCGACUGGAGUGCGCUUGGGAAACCAAGCCACGACCAAGUCAGGCCCCAGCAAAAAGACGCUGAGGCGUAAGGCCCAAAGGGAUAGAGUCCUAGCGCGUCAGUCGCAGGGUCCUGCCCAGCAGCGAUUGCUGGAAUUGCAGGAGCACCUACGGCGUGAAAUAGCGGAGGAGCAGAUUACGACGAGGAACGGACAGGGACAAGGGGAACGGCACAAAUCCCAGUCCCUGCAACGGGAUUACGCCUUUCCUCCAUUGGAGGUUAGGCAGCAGCAGCAGCGAUCAUACCGGGAUAUGGUCUCCGGAUGGCAGGUGGUGGGACAGCGGUCAAAGGCCCAGCCUUCAGCCGCACCCCAGCAGCAGCGGCAGCGGCCGCAACAUCCGGUGCAGACUCAGCGCCCCGUCCAGACGAACCAGAGAUCCGCACGCCGACGACCAGAUGCCAUCUUGGUGCCCGGCCUUAGAGGAUGCCCAACAAUACAUCCGCAUCGGGAAGCGGACGCCGAAGGGCAAUCUCCGGAUGGAGCUGGCCCGGGACGCGGACUCCGCGGCGUUGUGCCGCCGCAUCCAGGCCACACUGGGUGA